AAGCACCCCUGUUUUUGCGGUGUUUGAAACCAUAUCAACUUUUCUUCUUCUUCACUACUUUCUCUAUCUCUCAGUUUUUUCUGUGGCCAUUGACAUAUGAAAGAUGCCAGUGGCAUUGCUGUUGCUGCUGGCAUUGUGCAAUGCAAUCGGAGUUAAUGGAGAAGAGAGCAAUGGACAAUGUGAUCUUAAGCCCACAUUGAACUCGAGACCACAUAGUGUAUCGAUUUUGGAAUUUGGCGCUGUCGGCGACGGCAAAACGUUAAAUACCAUCGCCUUUCAGAAUGCCAUUUUCUAUCUCAAGUCUUUUGCAGACAAGGGUGGCGCCCAACUUUACGUGCCGCCUGGACGAUGGCUUACCGGAAGUUUCAAUCUUACGAGUCAUCUCACUCUCUUCUUGGAAAAGGGUGCAGUCAUUCUUGGAUCUCAGGAUCCAUCUCACUGGGGCAUGGUCGAACCUUUACCCUCAUAUGGUCGAGGAACCGAACUUCCUGGAAAAAGAUAUCAAAGUUUGAUAAAUGGGUACAUGUUGCAUGAUGUCGUAAUAACCGGUGAUAAUGGAACCAUAGACGGACAGGGCUCGGUUUGGUGGGAAUGGUUCACAUCUCAUUCCUUAAACUACACCCGCCCUCACCUCGUGGAAUUUGUGUCUUCCGUUUAUGUGCUUGUUUCAAAUGUUACUUUUCUUAAUGCCCCUGCAUACAGCAUUCACCCAGUAUAUUGCAGCAAUGUGCGCAUUCAUGACAUAUUGGUCUAUGCUCCACCAGGAUCACCAUAUACCGUUGGCAUAGUCCCAGAUUCUUCGGAUAAGGUUUGCAUCGAGGACUGCAGCAUUAGAAUGGGUCACGAUGCAAUUGCUCUCAAGAGUGGCUGGGAUGAGUAUGGCAUUGCUUAUGGCAGACCUACAACAAAUGUUCAUAUCAGAAGGGUCCAACUUCAGUCAUCCUCAGGUUCUUCUCUUGCUUUCGGUAGUGAAAUGUCUGGUGGCAUUUCGGAUGUCCAAGUGCAGCAGCUUCACCUCCAUGACUCAUUAACUGGUAUCGAGUUUAGAACAACAAAGGGAAGGGGUGGUUAUAUUAAAGAGAUUAUCAUAUCAGAUGUCGAAGUGCUAAAUGUUGGGACAGCUUUUAGUGCCAUCGGCAAUUGCGGAUCCCAUCCGGAUGACAAGUUCGAUCCCGAUGCUCUUCCAGUAUUGGAGAAAAUAACCUUGCAGAAUAUCGUUGGCACGAACAUCAAUAUGGCUGGAAUCUUCAUCGGAAUCCAAGAAUCUCCAUUUACUUCUAUAUGCCUCUCAAAUAUCUCUUUAUCAAUCGAUUCCGCCUCGUCCGAUUCUUGGCGAUGUUCAUACGUUUCAGGCUUUUCGGAGUCCGUCUCCCCCAAAACAUGUCCCGAACUAAAGAACUUCAACGAAUCUUCAUCAUGCUUUUCCCUCCUGAAGCCAAAUGGUAGAGUUGCAAUAUUAUGAUUCCAUCUUUCCGUACUAGAAAAACACAUAAAUCUCGGAGAUUCUUUCAAAUAAAACACAUGCCUAGAAUACCUGUUUAUUCGUGGAUUCAUGUUGUCAUUUUGGGCAUGUUGCAAGCCUGCAGAUUGUUUGUACAGCUCCAUUUCUUCAUUCUUGGGUAAGCAAAUUUUUGGUAGUACUGGCACAAAAAGGGAAAAAAGGUUAUCGGGGGUACUUCAUAGCGUUGCUGUUGAUUGAAUUAUUUUCUUAUGAUUAUAGUAUUGUUCCAGG